AUGAUUUUCCAUCAUCUCUUGACAACAGCGGACCCAAUAGAGAAACCGCACAAGCAUUUGGGCAGCAAGGAGACAGCGUUGCUCGACAAUUACAAGCCAAUCCCCGAAAUUGAUUCCACAAUUCUCAGAACAUGCCGUAUGAUCUAUUCCGAGGCUUUACCCAUUCUUUACGGCCAGAACACAUUCGAAUUUUCCUCGGCGAAUGCUAUCCGCUCUUUCCAGAGCAAGAGUCUCAUUGGUUAUCCUCUGGCUUUCAAUCUCAAGUUGGCCCCCAUGGGACGGCUGACCUUGCUCCGCUCGGUCAUCAUCAAUCUGAACGCGGAGUAUCGUUGGCACUCCUCAAUCGGGGUCAAUGGGACACGCGGCGCUCCGAACAGAGAUCACAUUUGGCGUGACUGGUCCACAACAUUAUUCAGCGAGAGCGACGACCUGUGUCCAUGGGGUGGCCGAAACGGACUCGGCUUCCCUGCGUUAGAAAAAUUGACACUCGACUUCUCAGAAUGGCAGUUGACCGAAAGCGAGGGUCUUUUGGUGAAGCCGUUCCUUAAGAAACUUGGAGAAUCGGGAGGCUUGAACGAACUGGUGCUGAAAGGGGUGAAACAUCAGCCCACCAUUGACCAGUUCCAAGCUGGGCUUGUAAGGGAGGGAGGAACGUUUCGAGUGAAGAAUUGA